AAUCAUCCAAAAAUUCAAAAAAAAAAAGAAAAAAAGAAAGAAAAAUAUUUAGAAAAAAAAAAGAAAAAAAAGGUUUAUUUUUCCUGUAACAAGAAAAUGGCAAAAAACAUACUAGCAAUCUGUCUGAUGUUUCUAGUAGCAUCAAGUGUGGUCUAUGAGGUGCAAGGGACAUUCUUACUAAAGAUGUACUUGAGGAGGAAAUUUAUCCCGAGACGGUGCGUAGACUUUGCACCUUUCGCAACCAAAGGUAUAUUGAUGUUGAUGAGCCAUCUUGAAGGUGGGUGUCCGGCGACUAGAGAGUUCAAGCAAUUCUUUUCAACGUUCAAGAGUUACAUGUCCUUCAUCAGCUCGGCAUCAACAUCGAAAACCACCGAUGUUCAGAUGAGUACGCGAUGUGAUGCGCUUGCCAAGGCCAUGUCUUUAUUGACCGGUUCUAAAAGCCAAUCAUCGAGUUCGGAUUUCAAAGUUACCAUGUUGUCAAUGGGAAAGACUUUCAUGGAACAGAAGAGCAGAGGUUCAGCGAGGAUGACAACUGCGCAAAGGAUAGAGUUGGUCUCGGCUAUGGUGAAAUGGACUCGAAUGCUGGCCACACUUGUGAAGACGGCCGCCGAGAAGAAUGGAAAGUCGUUGGAUAUAUCAUCUUACGGGCUUGAUGUCGAUGUUAAUGCCAGUGUGGGAAGCGAAAGUGAAACCACCGAAACUGGAACUCCAUCAAACCAAAACAGCGGCGCUUCCCCUACCCCUACAACUGAAACCCCGGUAAGUAGCACACCCUCCGACUCUAAAAACACUGGCUACAGCGGAAGUGGAAGUGGAAGUGGAACUGCCACAUCCUCCGGCUCUGGAAACACUGGCUACACUGCAAGUGGAAGUGGAAGUGGAAGUAGCACAUCCUCCGGCUCUGGAAACGCUGGCUACAGUGGAAGUGGAAGUGGAAGCACUUACACAGACAGUUCCGGUGGAUCAGGUUCGGGCAGCCCGAGUGGGAGUCCCACGGGUAGUCCUUCUGGCUCAGCGGUUGCUAGCGGUUACAACAGCAAACAAUCUGGAACUGCUAACGGAAGCGGAAGUGGAAGCCCUAGCGGAAGCGGAAGCGGAAGUGCUAGUAGUUACAAGAGCAAACAAUCCGAAACUACGGCCAAUGCUGGAAGUGAAAACACUUACAAAGACACUACUGGUGCAACCAAGGGCAGCCCGAGUGGAAGUCCCACCGGCAGCCCUUCUACUUCAACUUAUGCUGGCGGCGAAACCCCUGUUAAAGGAGGCUCAAGUGCUAGCGGCGAGACCACUGUUAAAGGAGGCUCAAGUGGUACCGGAGGUUCUUCUUCCAAGACCAAGAGCGAAAGCAAAGGUGCAGCAGCGGGUGAAACCAAAACUACUAGUGGAUCAUCUUCCAAGACCAAGAGCGAAAGCGAAGGUGCAGCAGCGGGUGAAACCAAAACUACUAGUGGAUCAUCCACCACAACAGUGAAGCAAGUCGAGAGUGAAACUUCCAAAGAAGUGAUGUCAUUCAUAUCAGGCCUCGAGAAGAAGUACGCAGGAAAGGCAGAGCUCAAGGUCUUCUUCGAGAAACUCAAGACUUCCAUGUCUGCAACCUCAAAGCUUUCUUCCACAGACGAAAAGAACUUCCUUUCUGGCAUGAAAUCUGCUGUUGGAAAAAUAUCUGAAGCGAUGGUUUCCGUGCGUUCAAAGUUUAGCAAGUCAUCAGAGGUGAAGACCACCAUGGAAACUUACCAACAACAAGUGAUGAAGUGUCUCCAAGAGCUACAAGAGAUUAACAGCGAAAUCGUGAGCCAAGGCGAGACAGUGACGUCCACACAACAGACAGAGCUUAAGCAAACAAUCACUAAAUGGGAACAAGUCACUACCCAAUUCGUGGAGACUGCUGCUUCUUCUUCUUCUUCUUCAUCUUCAUCUUCGUCUUCGUCUAAAUUUCAGCAGAACAGCGCCGCGAACAUGAACAUGAACAUGAACACCCAAGCCAGUUGAGCUACAUUAUUGCACCCCAAAUCAUCAAGAAAGACAAACUAGUACCCCCAAAAUAUGAUAAUUACUAGCUAAGUAGAGAUUUUACUUUCGGUUUUUCAAUAAAGCUAAGAUCGGUAUAGGCCAGCAAUGUCUACCUAUAGACCGACGUAUGCAAAUAUAAUAACUUUGUAAGCAAUAAUGAUAGACUGUAUGCGCUCUCUCUUUGUUGUUAACUUAGAGAAGUAAGCGAGCGAGACCCAUGAAAGGGAUUUUUGAAUAAUUUUUCUUCUCCUUCCUAAAUUAAAUAAACAUACUUUUUUUUUAUAUUUUUCAUGAUCAUCGUAGUUUCUUCUAUAAUUAUGGUAGUUUCUACUUUCUACUAUAAUAAUCUUUUUUUGUAAGAGGAUUACAUCAAAUGCCACUAUAAUUAAAUGCAAAAUUUUAGAUAUCUUUCGCUUUUCUAA